AUGCCGUUGCGAGAUAAAGCGAAAGAUGGAGCCCCGUCCGAAUGGCACGACCUGAAGCAUUCCAGUGGCUUCUGCACCAAGAUGAAAGGCGACUAUGCUGGCUCCGGUAACCUCGUACAUCUGAAAUGGAUGCACAUGAACUGCGACGCAGAAAUUACCGCAAAGGCGAUGGAUGGAGCUGCGAGAAAUGGGCAUUUACCGGUAAUCCAGUGGCUUCACAACAACUGCUACGUAGACUGCACGACAGUGGCGAUGGAUGACGCAGCGAUGAACGGCCAUAUUCAAGUCGUACGGUGGCUACACGAAAACCGCAGUGAGGGCUGCACGAAGGCUGCGAUGGAUAAAGCUGCGAGCAACGGGCAUCUUGUGGUAGUUGAGUUUCUUCAUCAGAAUCGCUCCGAAGGCUGUACAACAGCAGCGAUGGAUGGUGCGGUGAGCAACGGGCACUCCAAUGUGUUUCAAUUCUUGAGCUAUAAGCGUCGUGAAGGAUGCACCACUGCUGCAAUGUAUAAUGCGGCCAGCACCGGCCGUCUCGACCUCAUCAUGGCUCUAAGUAAAAUGUUUCAGGCGGAUUUCACUGCCACAGCAAUGAAGUGUGCCGCAACAAACGGACAUCUCGGAGUGGUUGAGUGGUUAACUCGAAACCGAUCCGAAAAAUGCACUACUGAGGCAAUUGAUGGAGCUGCUACAAACGGUCACUUCCAAGUGGUUGAAUGGCUGCACCGAAACCGAUCCGAAGGCUGCACUAAGGCAGCAAUGGAUGGUGCGGCAAGGAAUGGCCAUGCCAAUCUUGUUCGCUGGCUUUCCAAGAAUCGAUGUGAAGGAUGUACAACUGCAGCAAUGGAUAGUGUAGCUGGUCAGGGUCAUUUAGAUGCGGUGAAGUGGCUGCAUCGUAAUCGACCUGAAGGGUGCACGUCGGCAGCAAUGACAAAUGCAGCAUCAAAUGGACACCUGGCGGUCGUAAAAUACUUGCACACCAACCUCAAACAACAAGCUACGAACGCUGCAAUCACUGCAGCCGCAACAAACGGCCACCUACGGAUCGUGGAAUAUCUGCACGAAAACCGAUCUGAGCGUUGCUCAUCUGAUGCCGUCAAAAGCGCUGAAACGAACGGGCAUCGAGCUGUUGCUGAGUUUUUGCUUAAGCAUCAAGAGUGCCGACUUGCCUAUGAAUCCGAUAAAAUGCGAACUGGAGGAAACUCUUCGCUCGUUCGCGAAGUCAAGCUGCAAAAUGCAAUCGACACGACGAUUUGUGAUGGGGAUGUUCGUGAGAAGCGAAACAACUGUAAGGAGCAAGCUCAGAGUGAAGAGGAUGGCGGAGCUCAAGUCAAACAAGAAUAUCAUGCUGAGAACAAUGUGGCCAACAUCAAGGUUUCUACAUGCGAUGAUCGCCAAGAAACCGAGUUACGCUUACGAAUCCGCACUGAGAUUGAAGAAGAGAUGAAAGUGAAGCUGCGCGCGGAGAUUCGAGCCGAAUUGCUUGCCGAGAUAGACGAUUUGUAA